CCGCUCGGCUCGGCUCGGCUGGGCUCGGCUCGGCUCGGCUCGGCUGGGGCCAUGGGGGACGCCACGCGGCUGCCCCGCCAGCUCUUCCUGCAGGGUGUGGCCGUGGCCUUCCUGUUCGCCUUCGCCUCCCUCUACACGCAGAUCCCAGGCCUGUAUGGGAGAGAGGGGAUCCUGCCCGCACGCCGGAUGCUGAGGCCCCUGGGGAAGGGGCCCUGGGAGCUGCUGUGGGAGUCGCCGACGCUGCUAUGGCUGGGCCCGCGCCUGGGGCUGGACACGGAGCAGGCCAUGGAGCUGCUGUGCCUCCUGGGGACUCUGGGCAGCCUGGGAGCUCUACUGCUGAAGCCGCUGCGCCACGGCCUCCUCUACCUCCUCCUGUGGGGUCUCUACCUCUCCCUCUACCAGGUGGGCCAGGUGUUCCUGUACUUCCAGUGGGACUCCCUGCUGCUGGAGACGGGCUUCCUGGCUGUGCUGGUGGCUCCCCUGGGGCUGAGCGGACCGGGGGGCCGGGCCGGGGGGCGGACCGGGGGCAAGGCGCCGGGCGGCUGGCCCCAUGAGCCGCUGCCCUUCUGGUUGGUGCGCUGGCUGCUCUUCCGCCUCAUGUUCGCCUCCGGCGUGGUCAAGCUGAGCAGCCGCUGCCCCACGUGGUGGGGGCUCACAGCGCUGACCUACCACUAUGAGACGCAGUGCCUGCCCACGCCGGCGGCCUGGCUGGCCCACCAGCUCCCGGUCUGGCUGCACAAGCUCAGCGUGGUGGCCACCUUCGUCAUCGAGAUCGCGCUGCCUCCCCUCUUCUUCGCCCCUACCCGCCGCCUGCGCCUGGCUGCCUUCUACGCCCAGGUGCUGCUCCAAGUGCUGAUCAUCAUCACGGGCAACUACAGUUUCUUCAACCUGCUGACCCUCGUGCUGACCACCUCCCUGCUGGACGAGCAGCACCUGGCCCCGUGGCUCGGCCGGACCCGCCGGAAGGCCCCUCCCCGCUCCUGGCUCCGCUCCCUGCUGGCCCUGCUGACCCUGCUGGUGGAAGUGGCCGUCUUUGGGCUCCUGGGCUAUGGCACCGUGUCCUGCUUUGGGCUGGAGUUGGAUAAGGAGCAGCGUCUCGUCCAUUCCAAGACGGCUUUCACCUUCCACGAGUUCUCGCAGUGGCUGCGGGCUGUGAUACUGCCGACCGUGGGCCUGGGAGUGGUGGCUCUGGCCUGGGAACUGCUGACAGCCCUGUACAGGUGUGGCCAGGUCCGGGGCUGCCUAGGGAAGCUCUGGGCCAUGGCCCAGUUGUCCAUCUUCGGCGCAGCCACCGUGGCCAUGUUCAUCAUCAGCCUGGUACCGUACACCUACUUGGAGCCCGGGGCUAACGGGCGGUUGUGGCCCGGGGCCCACCAGAUGUUCCGGGCUGUGGAGCACCUGCAGCUGGCCAACUCCUACGGGCUCUUCCGUCGCAUGACUGGCCUCGGGGGGCGGCCGGAGGUGGUGCUGGAAGGCAGCUAUGACCGGGAGCACUGGACGGAGAUCGAGUUCAUGUUCAAGCCUGGGAACUUGAGCCGGCACCCCCCCGUGGUGGCCCCCCACCAGCCCCGUCUGGACUGGCAGAUGUGGUUUGCCGCACUUGGGCCUCACAGCCACAGCCCGUGGUUCACCAGCUUCGUCUACCGCCUGCUGCAGGGCCAGAGGGAGGUGAUCCGCCUGAUCCAGAGCGAUGAGUCCAGAUACCCAUUCCGGGAACAACCGCCCAUCUACAUCCGGGCUCAGCUUUACAAGUACUGGUUCUCCCAGCCCGGAGAGCAGGGGCGCUGGUGGCGGCGACAGUGGGUGGAGGAGUUUUACCCCACAGUGAGUCUCGGGGACCCCGUGUUGGACUCGCUACUCAACCAGUUUGGACUGAAGGACAAGACCCCCCCUCGGCUCCGCGCCUCAGCCGCCCCCCUGCCCCAGGCCCUGCGGCUAGUGCGGGAGCAGCUGUCGGCGCUGGGGCCCCUGGCCGUGCUCUGGACGCUGGUCUGCACGGCCGCGGCCGUCCGGCUGCUGCACGUCCUGCUCUCCCGCAACCCCCGCCCCUCCCGGCCCCCGCGGCGGCCAGAGGGGUCCACGGGAGAGAAGAACGGGGCAGCCCCCAGGAGAGAUGGGGUCGAACGGCCCCGGGCCCAGCCUCCUCAGGCCCCCACAGGCUCCCGCCACGCCCGCCGGAAACAGUAGCCUCUCUCGCUGGGGGAGCGUGGCCUCCCCCUGCCUCCCUUGACUCUCCCCACCCCCACUCCCCACCCUAGGCCGCCCGGGGCAGAAAGUGGCCUGGCACCUUCAGUGGAGGGACGGGGGACAACUCCAGUUGUUCCUGUGGGGGCGGUGGUGGGGAGAAUUGCUCCGUCCAGGACGGCCCCCAGCCAUGGGGUUUAACGGCAGGAGGGGGUCGUGGCCUUCCCCCUCACUCCCCCGAAUGCCUUAAUGUCUGUGUGCCCUCUUCCUUCUGCCCCAUGAUUGCGCACAGGCCCAAGGACAGCAGCGCCACACUAGGCCUCGGCACAACGCCUGCCCCCCUUCACGUUUUCUAAAUAAACUUUCCACGGAGCA